ACCCUCCGCCUCCUUCAGCUCCACCGAACAAGACUUCCGGUGGCUUGUCAUGGCGGUGGCAUGGUGAAGCCAGCAGAAAGGAGAAAAUAUUCGCCCGCUUUGUCCUUUCUGGCCCAUCCAGGUCAGACAUUCAUGAGGAAAUAAGGCCGUCCAUCGCCUCUCCAAACGUCGGACUUCCCAGCCGAGCUGUGCGUGUCCCCGCGGCCGGCCAUGGCGGCUCACAAACCAGUGGAAUGGGUCCAGGCCGUGAUUACCAGAUUUGAUGAGCAGCUUCCUAUGAAGGUCGCGCAUCAGAACACACACAGCAAAGUCAGCACAGACCACAACAAGGAAUGCUUGAUCAACAUCUCAAAGUACAAGUUCUCCCUGGUUAUCAGCGGCCUCACCAACAUCCUUAAAAAUGUCAACAACAUGCGGAUAUUCGGAGAAACUUCGGAGAAGAAUCUUUACCUUUCUCAGCUCAUCAUCCUUGACACCCUGGAAAAGUGUCUUGCUGGGCAAUCUAAAGACUGCCUGCGUCUGGAUGAGACCAUGUUGGUGAAGCAGCUGCUGCCGGAGAUCUGCCAUUUCAUCCACACCUACCGCGAGGGUCACCAGCACGCUGCCGAGCUGCGCUCCUCAGCCUCGGCUGUCCUCUUCUCUUUGAGCUGCAACAACUUCAACGCCGUUUUCAGCCGCAUCUCUACCAGGCUGCAGGAGUUGACUGUGUGCUCAGAGGAUAAUGUGGAUGUUCAUGACAUCGAGCUUAUGCAGUACAUCAACGUGGAUUGUUCCAAACUGAAGAGGCUUCUGCAAGAAACGGUGUUGAAGUUCCGGGCUCUGAAGAAACCGGCCCAGCUCGCCGUGAUCAGCAGCUUAGAGAAGGCCUUCUGGAACUGGGUGGAAAAUUAUCCGGAUGAAUUCACGAUGCUGUACCAGCGUCCUCAGACAGACAUGGCAGAAGCUGCAGAGAAGCUGUUCGACUUGGUCGACAGUUUUGCAGAGAGUGCCAAGAGGAAGGCAGCAGUAUGGCCUCUGCUGAUCAUCCUCCUCAUCCUCUGCCCAGAGAUUACACACACCAUCUCUAAAGACACAGUGGAGGAAAGCAAGGCCAACAAGAAACUGUUUUUGGAUAAUUUGCGCAAAGCUUUAUCCGGCCAGGGAGGGAGCAAACAGCUGAUGGAGAGCGCCGCCAUCGCCUGCGUUAAGCUCUGCAAAGCUUCGACCUACAUCAACUGGGAGGAUCACUCAACCAUUUUCCUUCUGGUCCAGUCCAUCGUCAUGGAUCUCAAGGCUUUGCUGUUUAACCCGGCCAAACCGUUCUGGAGGACGACCGGCAGUCAGAACGCUGACGUGGAGCUCAUGGUGGAUUGCUUUGUCUCGUGUUUUCGCAUCAAUCCCCACAACAACCAGCACUUUAAGGUCUGUUUGGCUGCCUCCUCCCCUUCGACCUUCCACUUCGUCCUAGUCAACUCGUUGCACAGAAUCAUCACCAAUUCUCAUCUGGACUGGUGGCCGAAGAUCGAUGCAGUGUACUGUUACUCUGGGGAGCUCCGCUUCAUGUUCUCAGACACCCUCAACAGGGUGAUCCAGGGCACAUGCACUCAUCCUCCCAUACGCAUGACCCCGAGUCUGACGUUCAUCGGGAAGAAGACCCCAAGCCUUAGGUCCAAAGAGAAAGCUACAGAGCAAGACACUCGGAGUUACAAGUGCCUUCUUCUCGCUCUAGUCAAGCUGAUUCAUGCUGACCCUAAACUCAUGUUGCACAACCCGGUGAAGCAAGCUCCAGAGACCCAAAGCAGCACGGCAGAACUCAUCACCGGCUUGGUCCAACUGGUUCCUCUGAGCACCACGACUCAGCUGUCACAGGAAGCCAUGGAGGCUCUGUUAGUUCUGCACCAACCAGAGACCAUAGAGCUGUGGAACCCAGAUGCCCCCAUCGAGACGUUCUGGGACAUCAGUUCACAGGUGCUUUUCCUAAUCUGCCGGAAGUUAGUCGGCCACCAGAUGGCAAACAGAACAGAAGUCCUGAAAUGGCUGAGAGAGAUCCUCAUCUGCAGGAACAAGUUUCUGCUGAAGAACAAGGAGUGCGCCACCAUGGGGGGAGCCAUCCCCAUCUGCCGGCAGGCGCAGACCAAGCUGGAAGUCUGCCUCUACCUGUUCCUGUGGAGCCCGGACACAGAGGCGGUGCUGGUGGCCAUGUCGUGUUUCCGCCAUCUGUGUGAAGAGGCCGACAUCCGCAGCGCGGCCGAUGAGGUCCCGGUCCAGACCAUUCUCCCCAACUACGCCACUUUCAGCGAGCUGGCCUCUGUCAGCAGCCUGAUAGGAACGGGUCGCUCCACCUUGCAAAAAAGAGUGAUGGCCUUAUUAAGAAGAAUAGAACAUCCCACACCAGGAAACAUUGAGGCUUGGGAGGACACUUACACUAAAUGGGACCAGAGCACCAAACAGAUACUGAAUUUCCCUAAAAACAAGGCAGAUGAUGGACAGCAGGAGUGGAUCAACAUGACGGGCUUCCUCUGCGCUCUAGGGGGUGUUUGUCUUCAGCAGCGUAACACCCCUGGUCCUGCCACCUACAGCCCACCCAUGGGUCCCCAGAAUGAACGUAAAUCCUCCAUGAUCUCGGUGGGACCUGGUGAUACGACCAGCCCUGCUCCUUCAUCCUGCUCCUCCUCUGCCUCCAGCGAGACGCCCGUCAGCCGCUUCCUUGACCGACUUCUGUCCCUGUUGGUGUGUGGCUAUGAAAGGGUGGGCCUUCAUGUCCGCACCAAUGUCAAAGACCUGUUGGGGCUGGAGCUCAGCCCUGCGCUCUACCCCAUGCUCUUCAACAAACUAAAGAACAGCAUCGGAAAGUUCUUUGACACCCAGGGACCGGUUCCCAUUAAUGACACCAACACCCAGUUUGUAGAGCAGACCAUCGCCAUCAUGAAGAACCUGCUGGAUAACAACACAGAGGGCAGCUCGGAGCACCUGGGACAGGCCAGCAUCGAAACCAUGAUGCUCAACCUGGUCAGGUACGUGCGCAUCCUGGGCAACGUGGUCCAUGCCAUUCAGAUUAAAACCAAGCUCUGCCAACUGGUUGAGGUGAUGAUGGAGCGUCGAGAUGACCUGUCCUUCUGCCAGGAGAUGAAGUUCAGGAACAAGAUGGUGGAGUACCUGACAGACUGGGUGAUGGGAACAUCCAACCAAGCUGCCGAUGAUGACAUCAAGUGCCUGACAAGAGACUUGGACCAGGCCAGUAUGGAAGCCGUGGUAUCCCUGCUGGCUGGUCUCCCCCUGCAGCCGGAGGAGGGGGACGGCGUAGAGUUGAUGGAGGCCAAGUCUCAGCUUUUUCUCAAGUAUUUCACUCUGUUCAUGAACCUGCUGAAUGACUGCAGCGAGGUGGAAGACGAGGGUCAGACAGUGGGGGGGCGGAAGAGAGGAAUGUCUCGCCGCCUGGCUUCCCUCCGCCAUUGCACCAUCUUGGCCAUGUCCAACCUGCUUAACGCUAACGUGGACAGUGGACUCAUGCACUCCAUCGGCUUAGGCUACCACAAGGACCUUCAGACUCGCGCUACCUUCAUGGAGGUGCUGACCAAGAUUCUGCAGCAGGGAACAGAGUUCGACACGCUGGCAGAGACGGUGCUGGCUGACCGCUUUGAGCGGCUGGUGGAGCUGGUGACCAUGAUGGGGGACCAGGGAGAGCUGCCCAUCGCUAUGGCGCUGGCUAACGUCGUCCCCGGGUCUCAGUGGGACGAGUUGGCUCGAGUUCUGGUGACCCUGUUUGAUUCCCGCCACCUACUCUACCAGCUGCUGUGGAACAUGUUCUCCAAGGAGGUGGAGCUGGCUGACUCCAUGCAGACUCUCUUCAGAGGGAACAGCCUCGCCAGCAAAAUUAUGACCUUCUGUUUCAAGGUGUAUGGAGCAGCGUACCUGCAGAAGUUAUUGGAGCCUUUAUUAAGGGGAGUCAUCUCAACCCCUGAACACAUCGGCUUCGAGGUGGAUCCAACCAGACUGGAACAUGGUGAAAACCUGGAGGACAACCAGAGGAACCUGCUUCAGAUCACCGAGCGCUUCUUCCAGGCCAUAAUCGGCUCGUCCAGCGACUUUCCGCCACAGCUACGCAGUGUUUGCCACUGUCUCUACCAGGCUACUUGCCACUCUCUACUGAAUAAGGCAACACUAAAAGAAAAAAAGGAAAACAAAAAAGCAGUGGUGAGUCAGCGGUUCCCUCAGAACAGCAUAGGUGCGGUGGGCAGCGCCAUGUUCUUACGCUUCAUCAACCCAGCCAUUGUGUCUCCCUACGAAGCAGGCAUCCUGGAUAAAAAGCCCCUGCCCAGAGUAGAGAGAGGUCUCAAACUCAUGUCCAAGAUUCUACAGAGUAUUGCAAACCAUGUCCUGUUUACUAAAGAAGAACACAUGAGGCCUUUUAACGACUUUGUUAAAAGCAACUUUGAUUCUGCAAGAAGGUUUUUCUUGGACAUAGCCUCCGACUCUCCACCCAGUGAUUCGGUCAACCACAGUUUGUCGUUCAUCAGUGACGGUAACGUGUUGGCGCUCCACCGCCUGCUGUGGAACAACCAGGAGAGGAUUGGCCAGUACCUCUCCAGUAACAGAGACCACAAGGCGGUGGGCAGGCGGCCUUUUGACAAGAUGGCCACCCUGCUGGCCUACCUUGGACCGCCAGAACACAAGCCUGUUGCGGACACCCACUGGUCCAGUCUCAACCUAACCAGCUCCAAAUUUGAAGAGUUCAUGACCAGGCACCAGGUCCAUGAAAAGGAGGAGUUUAAAGCCUUAAAGACGCUGAACAUUUUCUACCAGGCAGGCACCUCCAAGACCGGAAAUCCUGUGUUCUACUACGUGGCUCGCAGGUUCAAAACGGGCCAAAUAAAUGGAGACCUUCUCAUCUACCAUGUCCUCCUCACCCUAAAACCUUACUACGCUAAGCCCUACGAGAUAGUCGUAGACCUAACUCACGUUGGACCCAGCAAUCGUUUUAAGACUGACUUUCUGUCCAAGUGGUUUGUGGUCUUUCCUGGCUUUGCCUAUGAGAACGUGGCAGCGGUUUAUGUCUACAACUGCAACACUUGGGUGAGGGAGUACACCAAGUAUCACGAGAGGCUACUGACUGGCUUGAAGGGUAGCAAACGUCUCCAGUUUAUUGACUCUCCGGCUAAGUUGGCGGAACACAUAGAACCUGACCAACAGAAACUUCCAGCAGCCACCUUGACAUUGGAGGAAGACCUCAAGGUGUUCCACAACGCCCUCAAGUUGGCGCACAAGGACACCAAAGUCUCAAUAAAGGUGGGCUCUACAGCAGUCCAGGUGACCUCAGCUGAGCGGACCCGCGUUCUCGGCCAACCGGUCUUUCUCAAUGAUGUUUAUUAUGCCUCAGAGAUUGAAGAAAUUUGCCUGGUGGAUGAAAGCCAGUUUACUCUCACCAUGGCCAACCAGGGAACGCCUCUGACGUUCAUGCACCAAGAGUGCGAUGCCAUCGUUCAGUCUAUAAUUCAUAUCCGUACCCGCUGGGAGUUGUCUCAGCCCGACUCGAUUCCCCAGCACACAAAGAUCCGCCCAAAAGAUGUCCCAGGAACUCUUCUCAACAUUGCUCUACUCAACUUGGGAAGCUCUGACCCGAGUCUGCGGUCAGCAGCUUACAAUCUCCUCUGUGCUUUAACUUGCACAUUCAACCUGAAGAUAGAGGGUCAGCUGUUGGAGACGUCCGGUCUCUGCAUCCCAGCGAACAACACACUUUUUAUUGUUUCUAUCAGCAAGACCCUCGCUGCGAAUGAGCCUCAUCUGACCCUGGAGUUCUUGGAAGAAUGCAUCUCAGGCUUCAGCAAGUCAAGUAUCGAGCUCAAGCAUCUCUGUCUGGAGUACAUGACCCCCUGGCUUCUGAACCUGGUUCGAUUCUGUAAACAUAAUGACGAUGCCAAACGCCAGCGUGUCACAGCCAUCCUGGACAAACUCAUCACCAUGACGAUCAAUGAGAAGCAGAUGUAUCCCUCCAUCCAGGCUAAAAUCUGGGGCAGCCUAGGCCAAAUAACCGAUCUGCUUGACGUGGUUCUGGACAGCUUUAUAAAGACCAGCGCCACAGGAGGCCUCGGCUCCAUCAAGGCCGAGGUCAUGGCCGAUACCGCUGUCGCUCUGGCUUCAGGGAACGUCAAGCUGGUGUCCAAUAAGGUUAUCGGUCGGAUGUGUAAGAUCAUCGACAAGACCUGCCUUUCUCCAACUCCCACCCUGGAGCAGCACCUUAUGUGGGAUGACAUUGCCAUCCUGGCCCGCUACAUGCUCAUGCUGUCCUUCAACAACUCUCUGGAUGUGGCGGCACACCUGCCCUACCUGUUCCAUGUGGUGACCCUUCUGGUAGCGACCGGGCCGCUGUCCCUUCGCGCCUCCACCCACGGUUUGGUGAUCAACAUCAUCCACUCACUGUGCACCUGCUCACAGCUAAGCUUCAGCGAGGAAACGAAGCAGGUCCUGAGGCUGAGUCUGACGGAGUUUUCGUUGCCAAAGUUCUACCUGCUGUUUGGCAUCAGCAAGGUGAAGUCCGCUGCCGUCAUUGCCUUCCGCUCCAGCUACAGAGACCGCUCCUUCUCUCCAGGCUCCUAUGAGAGGGAAACCUUUGCCCUGUCCUCGCUGGAGACGGUCACCGAGGCCUUACUGGAAAUAAUGGAGGCUUGUAUGAGAGACAUCCCAACCUGCAAGUGGUUGGACCAGUGGACAGAGCUGGCUCAGAAGUUUGCCUUCCAGUACAACCCGUCUCUGCAGCCCAGAGCUCUGGUCGUCUUCGGCUGCAUCAGCAAGAGGGUGACCCACGGUCAGAUCAAGCAGAUCAUCCGAAUCCUCAGCAAAGCCAGCCCUCUGCUCAGCAUAGACCGGGGUCUGGAGAGCUGCUUGAAGGGACCUGAUAACUACAACAGUCAGGUACUGAUUGAGGCCACAGUCAUCGCUUUGACCAAGCUGCAGCCUCUUCUUAGCAAGGACUCUCCGAUGCACAAAGCUCUGUUCUGGGUGGCAGUAGCUGUGCUGCAGCUUGACGAAGUCAACUUGUACUCUGCUGGAACCGCGCUCUUGGAGCAGAACCUCCACACUCUGGACACAAUGCGCAUCUUCAAUGACAAGAGUCCAGAGGAAGUUUUCAUGGAAAUAAGGCGUCCUUUAGAGUGGCACUGUAAGCAGAUGGAUCAUUUUGUGGGCCUCAACUUUAGUGCCAACUUCAACUUUGCUUUAGUGGGCCACUUACUCAAAGGCUACAGACACCCAUCACCCACCACUGUGGCGAGGACGGUGCGGAUCCUUCACACCCUGUUGGCUCUGACUAGCAAACAUCUGAAAUGUGACAAGUUUGAGGUCAACACUCAGAGUGUGGCUUAUUUAGCAGCUUUGCUGACGGUUUCUGAGGAAGUCAGAAGUCGCUGCAGCCUCAAACACAGGAAGUCUCUGCUGAUUUCCGAGCUUUCUAUGGACCCCGUUCCCAUGGAGACCUAUGCCAGUCACAUCACCAAUGCCGCCUGCAGAACUGUGCAAGAUCUUCAGCCUUGGACGUCUCCUCAGGUCCCAGACCACCACCUUACCACCCAUUACCCUACGAUGGGCCAGAUCAGCCCACGCACACGCAAAUCCAUGAGCCUGGACAUGGGCCAGCCUUCGCAGGCCAACACCAAGAAGCUUCUGGGCACCAGGAAGAGCUUUGAUCAUCUCAUAUCAGACUCCAAAGCACCAAAAAGACCAGAGAUGGAGUCUGGGAUGACAACCCCUCCCAAGAUGAGGCGUGUAGCAGAGAAUGACCGUGAGAUCGAAACCCAAAGAAUUGGAAACUCUCACCUUCGGAAGGUCUCCGUAUCAGAGUCCAAUGUCCUGCUGGAUGAGGAGGUGCUGACGGACCCAAAGAUCCAGGCUCUGCUGCUCACUGUGCUGGCCACCCAGGUCAAAUACACCACAGACGACUUCGACCAACGCAUCCUGUACGAGUACCUGGCUGAAGCUAGUGUUGUAUUUCCAAAAGUUUUUCCGGUCGUCUAUAACCUGUUGGACUCCAAAAUCAACACGGUGCUGUCCAUGUGCCAAGACAUCAACCUCCUGAACCCUGUCCAUGGGAUUGUGCAGAGCGUGGUGUACCACGAGGAGUCCCCUCCUCAGUACCAGCCCUCAUAUUUACAAAGCUUUGGCUUUAAUGGACUCUGGAGAUUUGCUGGACCUUUUUCUAAGCAAACCCAGAUCCCAGAUUACGCCGAACUGAUCGUGAAGUUCCUGGAAGCGUUGAUUGACAGCUACCUGCCCACAGCGGAUGAGGAGAGGGGAGAGGAGCAGCUGCGGACGCCCACCUCCCCAUAUCCUCCCAGCAGCCAGAGCCAGCUGAGCAUCACUGCCAACCUGAACCUGUCCAACUCCAUGACCUCACUGGCCACAUCGCAGCAUUCUCCAGGUGUGGAUAAGGAGAACGUCCAGCUGUCCCCCAGCUCGGCCCUGUCCAGCGGGGGACGGACUCGCCACGGGUCAGCGAGUCAGGUGCAGAAGCAGCGCAGCGCCGGCAGCUUUAAGAGACCCAGCAUCAAGAAGAUCGUCUGA